GAGGUAGGCACGGCUGCCAAGGAGAGGGAGAGGAAAGGAUAAAGCCCAGCCAUGUGGGCAGGGCUGGGGCUAGUUCUGGCUCUUUGUCUCCUCCCAGGAGGAGGGACAGAGAUCCAGAACUGCAAGGAGGCCCCAGAAUGGCGUAUUGGGGAGGAGAACCCAAUGCUGAACUCUAGGGGCUCAGUGACAGUGGUGGCUCUCCUCCAAGCUAGCUGAUACUUGUGCCUGCUGCAGGCUUCCAGAUUGGAGGACCUGCGAGUGAAGUUAGAGAAUGAAGGACUGGUCAAUAUCUGGUAUAUGGUUGUCAACCAUAAGGGAACUUAUUCCCAGAGGAAAUUUCACCUUCUGAAAGAAAGUGUUUCAGACCAUAUUACUGUCUACCAGCAAGAUGAAGAGCAAGCUGAUGUCUGGACUACCUUAAAUGGAAACAAAGAUGACUUUCUCAUCUAUGACAGAUGCGGCCGUCUAGUGUAUCACCUGGGUCUGCCCUAUUCCUUCCUGUCCUUCCAAUAUGUAGAAGAAUCUAUUAAGAUUGCAUACUGUGAAAACAAGUGUGGAAACUGCUCUUACACGGAACCUGAUAUUGGUGGUAUAUGUGAAAAUAUCACUAAAAAAGCAGAGGAAAAGCUAGCAGAGCUAGAACCCAAACCAACUGGUCAACAUUCACAUCACCACAACCUCCACAGACAUAGACAGCAGCACCACCAUCGCGACGGCAGUCGUCAUUCCAAAAAUGAGAACCAUCAGGCUCCUUCUGAAACUCAAAGACAUCAUCCUCACAGCGGUCGGCGUCAUAGAGUCUUUGGCCAUAACAGACAUGAUCAGACAGGUAGUCAUGCACAGGUAGACACUGUUCCUCAAGGAGAAAGUGUGGAAAUUACACAAGAUAAAAAGCUAUGAAAAAAAGGGAAAAGCAGCUGUAAAAACCAGUUAACUUGAAACUGGCAGACAGCAUCAGACUCAACUUCUAGUAGCUGAUGCUGUCAUUGUCGACACCUUUUGUUUGAAGAGCUAGGAAAUUCUGUCACUUGACAGUGUCGUGGAGCACUUCCAAAUUCUUGCAGGUGACAUGGCCAACUGUCAGCAGAGGACAUCACUGAAUCUUGACAGUGACGUCUGCUGACUGCUGCCUGACAGUCACCAGCAGCAGGAGCAAGUGAAACUAGUGACACCUGACAGUGACAGGAAAAGGCAAGAAACUGAGCCUGAAAAACAAACUAA